GUGCGAGCCUCGAGAUGGAGGGGAAUCGGAAAGUGGAGCUCAGCGAAGCCCUGGCGCUCGGGCCGGGCUGGCGUCAUGCCUGCCAUGCGCUGCUCUAUGCACCCGACCCCCGCAAGCUGUUCGGCCGCAUCCCGUUGCGCUUCGCCGUGCUGAUGCAGAUGCGCUUCGACGGGCGCCUGGGCUUCCCUGGCGGCUUCGUGGACGCUCAGGACAGCUGCCUGGAGGACGGGCUGAACCGUGAACUGCUCGAGGAGCUGGGCGAAGCGACGUCUGCUUUCCGCGUGGAACGCUCUGACUACCGCAGCUCACACAUCGCGGCCAGACGGCGUGUGGUGGCCCACUUCUAUGCCAAGCGCCUGACACUGGAACAGCUGCAGGCUGUGGAAGCCAGGGCACCUCAAGCCAAGGACCACGGGCUGGAGGUGCUUGGCCUGGUGCGGGUACCCCUGUACAUCCUACGUGAUGGUGAGGGAGGCCUGCCUGCCUUUCUGGAGAAUUCCUUCAUUGGUGCUGCCCGGGAGCAGCUACUAGAAGCCCUUCAGGUCUUGGAACUUCUGGAUCCUGGCACUAUUGCAAACCUCAAGAUCCCAGAUUGUAGGUAGAAUCGGACUAGUAUGGACCCCUGGAACCCAAGUUGAGGGCCUUGGUAUGAGGGAGGGAGAGAAACAGGGAGGGAGGGGCACAUGUUUUGUCUUUGGGGUCUGAGGGGUUGUAGAUGAUACCAGAGUAACAACAGAGGUGGAGAUGCAACAUUUUCAAUGGAGGACCUUGUCUGGUGGCAUUAGGGAUGACAGGCCUUUGUAGUAUCUCAGAGUCCUACCUUAUAAUGGACAAACAGCCUGGAAGAGGUAUGGAUAUGUGUAGUCUGUGGUCACACACAGCCUGGCACACUGUCAUCUGUCCAGCUUAACUGUGAUGUGGCAUUUGAUACAUCCUACUCCUUCCUGGUAAAUGCGAGGGUUUCUUCCUCUUCUGUUGCAAGGCUGCUGUCCAGUGUCCAGCCCAGCCCAUGCUUAUUAGGAAAGCAAAGGAGGCAGCUUCUGAGAAUGGCCCCAUGUUGCCUGAGGCUUGAGCAAAGCAGUAGGUUUCAGCAAAUAGGGUAAGGGCCUACCCAGCCCUGCAUGCCAACUGAGGGUUGGAAUGUGUCAAGGGCUUCUUGGGCUGAACUGAGACCUGAGACCUCACUCCUGAUGCCUGUCUUGCAGCCUGUUCAUCUUUGAGCUCCCUUUGUCUCUGUCUAGCCUGCCCUGCCAAAAAAAAAAAAAAUUUAAAAAAGAGGCAUCUGGAAAAGUAGGUUGAUAUCUGGGCCUCCAAGUUCCCCAGCUCUUUCAAAAGGUUUAGGUUAAUACUUGCUCAGUGGUAGGUAUGGUGACUGAAGGAGAGAUCGACUGUUCUUGUGUUUAAGACCUCACAGUAAGGAGUAGGCACACAGCAUCAUAAAUGGCACUGCCCAAUAAAAACUAUAAGCUUUGCCAGUCACGUGGUGUCCGUGGGAACCCUUUAACUUGGCCACGUCAAACUUACUUGCACAAUAUAUAAAUCUGUGGUGGUUGUGUCCCAAUAAAAGACCAAUGAAGAAGCAGC